AUGGCGGCCAGGGUCGACCUCGUCGACGGCAAUGGAUGCAUCCCGCAGGUGGUGACCGAGCUGUGCCACAUCAAGGAGCUGGUGAGGCAGCAAGAGGUGCAUCUCGACGGCUCCGCGCCCGACCUCUGCAAGCACCUCGCCUCGCAGAUGUCCUCCAUCGCCGACCGUUCCAUCAGCAUGCUCAGCAACGCCUCCGACGACCCCAUCUUCAAGGCCACCAUGAAAAGGAACAAGAAGAGGCAUGAGCUGAGGGUGAGGAAGGCGGACCUCCUGGCCGGCGACGGCCACAACUGGAGAAAGUACGGCCAGAAGGAGAUCCUUGGAGCCAAGCACAGAAGGGCCUACUACCGCUGCACGCACUGGAACUCUCAGGGAUGUAAGGCGGUGAAGCAAGUGCAGGGCACCGAUGAGGACCCGACCUUCUUUAACAUCGUCUACAUAGGUGAACACACCUGCGUUCAGGGCCAGAGGGCGGCGGUGGCACCGGGUCAGGCUGCCACGGACGCGCAGGCGCCGGUGUACAAGUACAACGCCAACCCGGGCGCCAGCAGCCUCCUGCAGAGCCUGAGCUCCAGCCUGACGGUGGAGCCAGAGCAGCAGCUGCAGGGCUGGGACGCGCCCGCGCCCUUCUGCUUCUCCUCCACGCCGGCGAUGGCGAGCGGGUGCCUCGUGUUGGAGAGCAGCCCCUUCUCCGCGCCGUCCAGGUCCAAGAACUGGGGCGUGUCCUCGGCGACCUCGGACUCCAACCACGUCGCCUCUUUCCCGCCUUUCGAGGUCGCCGGCGACGACGCGUUCUUCAGGUUCGACGAAGCCGACGACUACGGUUUCCUCGACGACCCCGACAGUACAUCUGACGUCUUUAGCUUCUUGGAGUGA